AUGGAACCCCCCAAGGCCGAAGCGGAGUCCCAAUCCCCAGUCCCCAACGGCCACACCACCACCACCACCACCUCUAACGGAUCGGGACCGGAACCUCACGUUUCGAAGGAACAACGCACCACGUCGUCCACGAAAAAGUCCGUGCACUGGAGCCCCGAAUUGGUCACCGAAUCCACCUUCACCUCUUCCCCUCACGAAUCGCGUUCCAAUCCAUACUUUUCCUCCUCUUCCUCCUCUUACUCUCAACCCGGCCCCAAUUUCAUGGAGACUGUGGUGACCGUUCGCAAUGUGCUGGGGAGAUGGGGUAGGAAGGUAGGAGAGGCUACAAGGAAGGCUGAGAGUCUCGCUGGAAACACGUGGCAGCACUUGAAAACAAGCCCUAGCUUUGCUGAAGCUGCUAUGGGGAGAAUUGCCCAGGGUACAAAGGUUCUGGCAGAAGGUGGAUAUGAGAAGAUUUUCAUGAGCACGUUUGAGACAGGUCCAGAGGAACGGCUUAAAAAUUCUUUUGCAUGUUAUUUAUCCACGUCAGCGGGUCCAGUGAUGGGAGUUUUGUAUAUAUCCACUGCAAAGGUUGCAUAUUCUAGUGACAAUCCUAUUUCCUAUAAAAAUGGCAACCAAACAGAGUGGAGCUAUUAUAAGGUAAUCAUCCCAUUGCAGGAGCUAAAAGCAGUGAAUCCUUCAUCAAACACAUGCAAUCCUGCUGAAAAGUACAUCCAGGUGAUUUCGGUUGACAAUCAUGAAUUUUGGUUUAUGGGCUUCUUGAACUAUGACGGUGCUCUGGAGUCCCUGCAAGAAGCGCUUGAUGCUGGCAGACGUUUACAAUCAUAA